CAAUUUCUUCGCCCAAACCCUUUAAAAACCCCCAGAAAUCAUACCACUCUCACUCUAACACGCCGAGCCGAGUGUGGCGAUCCGAUUCGCAGAGUGCGCGAAGGGCAAUCUCGAUUCGAUUUCUCCAGAGCUCACCGUCCAUGGCGAUCAUCUCCGACUAUCAGGAGGAAGAAGAGAAGCGACCGGAGGCGAAGCCCUCGGCCUCAUCCUCCUCUUCUUCCGCGGCGGAGUUCAGCGCGAGAUUCGAUCCGUCCAGCCCGCUGGGGUUCAUCGAGAAGGUCUUCGAGUUCGUCGCCGAGCGUAGCGAUUUCCUCGCGAAGGAGACGGCGGAGAAGGACGUCGCGGCGGUGGUGAGGGCUGUGGGGGAGAAGCAGAAGCAGAAGCUGAAGCAGGUUGAGAGGGAGAAGGAGAGGGAGAGGGAGAGUGCGGCGGCAGCUGCUGCUGCUGCGGCGGCUAAGAAGGUAGAUGAAGAGAAGAAGGUGCAGGAGGUGGAGAUGAAGGAUGCAGAGGAAGAAAAGGAGAAGAAGAGCGGAGCUACAGUGCCAAACAAAGGCAAUGGCCUUGAUCUUGAGAAUUAUUCCUGGACUCAGACUCUGCAGGAGGUUACCAUCCAUGUUCCAGUUCCUAAGGGUACCAAAGGAAGGUUUGUGGUAUGUGACAUAAAGAAAAACCACUUGAAAGUUGGACUCAAGGGUCAACCUCCCGUCAUAGAAGGGGAGCUUUUCCAGACUGUCAAGCCUGAUGAUUGUUACUGGAGUUUAGAGGACCAGAGUGCGAUCUCCAUUCUCCUGACCAAGCACAAUCAAAUGGAGUGGUGGAAAUCUUUGGUGAAAGGGGAUCCUGAAAUCGAUACUCAGAAGGUAGAACCAGAGAAUAGCAAAUUGUCUGACCUGGACCCAGAAACUCGACAGACAGUUGAAAAGAUGAUGUUUGAUCAGAGACAGAAGGCAAUGGGUCUUCCUACCAGUGAUGAGAUGCAGAAACAGGAUAUUCUAAAGAAGUUCAUGGCAGAGCAUCCAGAGAUGGACUUCUCAAGAGCAAAGAUUGCAUGAGGGGGGGUGUUCAACUGCUGCUUCUGUAGCUUGAAUUAUACUAUGAUCAAAGAUGCGUGGCUUCUAACUUCUCAAAUCUGGAAGCAUUUGGAUGUUUACUUUGGGCACAGAUGGCCGAGCUUGUUCAGUUAUUUUGGUGGUUUUGACUAGGGUUUGUGGUUUGUGGUUUACAAUUUUCUUUCUUCCUGAUGACUGCUGAAAGAAGUUGCUACUGUGAAAACACUAAUGAAGAAUCAGUCUCGGUUGAGCACAAUCUAGACAUAAUUUCAACAUGGUCCUCACAAACAGGGCAUAUAUAAGGUGGU